CGUUCUCUCUCUGCAGUGAAUUUUAGGGUUUGGUGAGGGGGCUCUUGACGGUGAAAGAGAGGGUUUAAUCGUGAAAUGAUGUCUCCCUUAAACGAUGUCUCAGUUCCCUCUAAGUUCGAGUCUUGAAUCGACGUCGUUCUCUUCUUCUCUGCUCCUUCAGGGCCUAAAAAAACCCUAAAUUUUGGUUUCGGUUAGGACUUUGUUCACGAACGUCCUCCUCCUUCUCAAUCCUGUGAGACUCGGUUAGGACAAAAGUCGCGAUUUGCUGUAGGUGUGGCUGGGAUUUCGAAUUCGGUUCUGUGCAGAGAAGGAGUUAUUCUAAGGGAACUUGUGAAUGGCUUGUAAAGCAAAGCUUAUGAUUCCUGAGGAUGAGAAGUACGAAGGAAAGCCAUAUGCCCUUUCACACACAAGGACCGCCAUUACAACAAUAAAGGCGAAGUUCAAUACGCAGCAGUUACAGAGGUUCGAGGGAAGUUGUUUUGGUCAUCUAUUACUGAUAGAGGACCUGAAGUGGAAUUCACAAAUUGUCCACGGCCUGUUGAUGAGGAAGGCUGAUCCUAAGACAGUUACACAGGUGAACGGGAUAAAAUUCAUUGUGGGUAACAAGUUGAUACAAUUCACAGCCCAACAAUUUUGCCUCAUCACGGGGCUAAGGUUCGGAAAGCUCCCUUUCAUUCCGAAGGCGACAAAUGAAAAUUGCUCGUUGAAGCGAAAAUACUUCAGCACCAAUAAACCUGCCACCCUUUUGGACCUACACACCGCCUUCAUCGAGUGCACAGAUGAUGAGGAUGCGUUAAAGCUUGGAAUGGUCUAUUUUGCCAAUUUUGUUCUAUUGGGUACUGAAAAGCAUGUGCUUAUUGACAUGCGCUAUUUGAAGUUGGCUGAAGACCUAGAGGAGUUUGACAAGUAUCCAUGGGGCGCAGUGUCAUAUGCAAUGACAAAUGCUUCACUGUUGAGGGCAGUUUGUGCUGAAUACCAACGAGUCAAAGUGCCCCAAAAAAGAAAAAUGCCCAAACAACGUGGAAAGAGAACGCAGACAAGAAUGCGAAGUGGUAGACCAAGAGAGUACAUCAUAAGGGGGUUUGGCUUCGCUCUUCAGAUUUGGGCCUUUGAAGUGUUCCCAGCUUUGGAAGCAUUGCAUUUCACGGUCCAUGAAGACAAUAGGCACAUCCCUCGAAUAUUACAUUGGAGGAGCAACACGGUGGCCCGUUUUCGGGACGUUAUGAGUCAGGUUUUUGAAAACUUUGAGGUUGAUGUGCAACUUCUCCGGCCAACAGAUAUUGAGAAGCAACAACCUUACUGGAGUUGGGGUGAUGAUGACAACGAAGAACCAAUGGUUGAAUUAUUUGGGGAUGAGGCCGAAGAAAAAACCGGCACUUCUAGUGAAGAAAAAGACGCGGAUGUUGAGGAAACAGCCACCCUUCCCUCCUCUUCUAAGGCCAAAGGGUCUGUUAAUGACGUUCGCAGUUUGAAGCAUCAAUUACGCAGCACUAAGGAUCAGUUGGCUAAGCUACGUAGUUCAAAUCGGGGGCUUAGGAACAGAGUUCGUGACUUGGAAGCUAUUGUACAGAAGAACUGUUUGAAGCAUGAGAACGAGUGUGACAGAAAUAAAAAGGCUAUUCGGGAUUUGACCCUAAAAAUUGCUGAAGUCGAACAUUAUUUGAAGUUGGAGAUGGAGGAGUUAAAAAAAAAUUAUGGUGGAGAAGCCCAUGAGGAAGUCUGUACUGCCCAGAUGAAUGACGGAGGGCAGAAUGAUUUGUCACCCGUAAAUGAACCUACUAGUCCGACUACAGCAGCACCUAAAAUGGACACUCAAGUUCCAGCUGAUGGAGUAGAACCCUUCCCAGGCAUGCAUACAGAACGGGGUGAAAUGGAAGCACCAGUCUGUGGUGAUGGAGUGGAACACUUUCCAGCCUCAGAUCAACAAGGGGCUCCAAGGGAACCAGAAGUCCCUGCUGAUGGAGUGGAACCCUUCCCAGCCAUGGAAGUCAUAGACACUGAAAUUGAAACUUCAGUUCCUGAGAGGCAAGUGGACCAACAACCUCACAAGGUUCCUACCGCUGAAGAUGUGAAGCUUCCUAGUGUUGAAGAUGCCCUCCUUCCUACUCUGGAAGAUGGGAAUGGAAAUUGA